UUUUACAGAAUGCUACCUUGUUCGGAUUCACCUCGCGAGCGAUGAAUAUAACGCGCACCGAGGGGACCGGACGGAGACCGUCGGCGGUUGUGUUUCCUCCGUGCUUCUCAGUACCGCUUCUCGGGCUCGCCAGAGGAUGGAGCGCUGGUUAAGAGGGAGUGGAAAGCCGUCCGUGUCCCGGGUUCUCCUCGGUCCUGUCCUCGUCCUCUCGCUCCUAGCGGUACAAGCGAGCCGUCACAGAACCUGCACACACACAGUCCCCUCCGGCCGCGAGGUUGUCCAUCAAGUGUACUUGAAGCCUGAGCGCUUAGCGAAGAGAAGUUCUUCUGACGACCUGCAGCUAAAGAUAAAAGUCGUCUACGACAGCAGCGUUGACCAACUUCCUGCUGACAAACGGAGACUGGUGAAGGACAAGUUGUUUCCUCAGGCCAUCAACUACCUUCAGAAGGCCUUCAGUUUGAGGCGCAGGGUGGGACCUGUGCUGCUCAGCAGACAAUGCGCAACCAACCAAUACAUGAGGAAGAGAGGUGACCCUCACCGAUACUGCCAGGAUGCCUGUGCAGACGUCACCCGGUGCGGCCCCGUCGUUGUACCACAGCACCACCUGCAGCAAUGUAAGGUUUGCAGCGAGUCUGGGAAGUCGUGUGGCCCAACGGGGCCCCCGGACGGCCCCGGGGUGGAGGGCUCAGACUUUGUGCUGUACGUCAGCGGCAUCACCACUGAGAGAUGCGGACAGGAGAACAUAGUGGCCUACGCUGCCUACUGCCAGCUGGAAGCAGAGCUGGACCGGCCCAUUGCAGGUUAUGCCAACCUGUGUCCAGCCAUGAUCUCCUCUCAGCCUCAGGAGUUUGAAGGAAUGCUCUCCACUGUCAAACACGAGAUCAUCCAUGCUCUGGGGUUUUCGGCCGGUCUGUUCGCCUUCUACCACGACGACGAGGGCAAACCUCUGACUCCGCGCUUCGCCAGCGGCCUUCCUGCGUUCAACGAGAGUAACCUGGGCGUGUACCAGUGGAGCGAGGCGGUGAUCAGGAGGGUCAGCCGACUGUGGGACAUCAGAGGAGGAGAGAUGGUGCGGCACCACGUUCACGUCCUGGUCACUCCUCGAGUCGUGGAAGAGGCCAGGAGGCACUUCAGUUGCCCCAUCCUUGAGGGGAUGGAGCUGGAGAACCAGGGCGGGACGGGAACCGAGCUCAACCACUGGGAGAAGCGGCUGCUGGAGAACGAGGCCAUGACGGGCUCCCACACCCAGAACCGGGUGUUUUCCCGCCUCACGCUGGCUAUCAUGGAAGACAGCGGCUGGUACCGGGCCAACUACAGCAUGGCACAGAGGCUGGACUGGGGCCGCGGCCUCGGCUGCGACUUUGUGAUGAAGAGCUGCAAGUUUUGGAUGGACAAACAGAAGCAGAGGCGGCACCCUGUGACCCCAUUCUGUGACACGGUGCGGGCCUCUCCUCUGCAGCUGACCUGCAGACACGACCAGCUGGCAGUGGCUGUCUGCAACUUACAGAAAUACCCCCAGCAGUUGCCCCUGGAAUACCAAUAUUUCGAUCGGAUCCCGAACGUUGCUGCAGAUCAGCUGACGUCCUUCGGGGGUGCUGUGGAGAUCGCCGAUUUCUGCCCCUUCAGCCAGGAGUUCAGCUGGCACCUCAGCGGAGAAUAUCAACGAAACUCGUACUGCAGAGUGUCGGAGAACCAGCCAGACUCAUGGAGGAAUUAUGGAGCAGAGCAGUACGGCCCACACUCGUGUCUGUACCAGAAGUCGGCCUUCGUCAUGGAGCAGUGCACCAGGAAGAUGACGUAUCCAGACUGGGGCUCCGGAUGCUACCAGGUUUCGUGCUUGCCUCAGGGCCUGACGGUGUACGUUCAGGACCGCUCCUUCCUGUGCGUGAGGAAAGGUCAGCAGCUGAGCGUCAGCGUCUGGCUCAACGACUGGGUUUACAACGGGGUCCUCUGCCCCGCCUGCACCGACUUCUGUGACAACUGCCCCCCCCACCAGCUCCUGCCCGUCAACAACUCCAGGAACAAGCCCAUCGAUCCCUGCUCCAGUUCUCCAGGUCUGGGCAUCACUCUCUGGCUCCUUCUGCUCAACCUGCUCCCUUUAGUGGCUGGACUGCUGAUCUGUCACUGGAGCUGAUGACACACACACACACACACACACACACACACUCACAAUAAGGUAGCUAAAACUCUACUGUACUGUAGCCCUCAGAAGACUUGAUGACACCUUGUUUUUCUUCUGCAUUUGGUUUUCUUUCCUUUAACCUGAAGCUGGGAAAAAACAACCUUUUGACUCUGUCUCUCUUUCUCUCUCUCUCUCCGCUCCUCUUUUAUCGUUUCCUCCUUGGACUCAAUGUUUUUCCUCUCAGGAUCUUUGCUCUUCCAUUCCUUCUGUCUGGGUUUUUCCAAUGACAAAACUGUGUCUGCUUCUCUCGAAACCAUCUGCCACAAAAGGAUGUGUUUACAUGCACUUCAAAAACAAGGUUGCACUCUUUUUGCGUGUGUGUGUGUGUGUGUGUGUGUGUAAUUGAGAACCACGGUCACUGUAAUCUGAAUGUAAACAGUGCACAUCUACUUGUUUCGAAAGGUUACCGCUGGCUAGGGGAGGUACGGUUGUUUAAAUGUGGCAGCUUAUCUGGUUACUUGCAGGUGAACUGUUCGUAUUAAAUGUGCAUGUUAUGAACCAAUA